UGUGUGUUGCUCUUGCAUGUCCAAGUUCUCAACCAGUUCUGCUUUGGAACUAUUGCUGUGGGUCCACACCUGAUAGGUCCUCCUCCUCCUCUGUAGGUCCAAUAUGGCAGCGACAGUUAACACACCUCGGUCAGCUCACCCAGAACCAAGCAGAGUGCACGUAAGCAGUUGGGCUAACAGUUGUGGGCCAACUUCUGAUCCGCAUGAUCCAGGACUACAUGGCCCCCGCCAAGCUCCCAGACCUCCACCCCACCCCCAACACCACAUCCCUGCCCGGCCUGUUUUCUACGUCCAUGCUCCACCGCCACCCCCUUUCCACCCCUACGAGUGGCCCAUGCACUUCUCCCAUAACCCCUUUGCUGGCUUCCCAGGAAUGGGCAUUGGUAUGGCGAUGCCCCAAUUCCCUCCUCCCACUCCUUAUAUGGAGGUUCCAGCAUACAUUAUGCCCCACCCUCACAUGCAACCUGUCGACUACAGACGUGUCAUCCACCCCCAGGCCCAGGCACCCAGCGCACCUUACCAGAACCCAUACCAGACCUGUAGAGUCCGCCCACAUCUUACCGUCCCUGUUAGAGAAACCGUGAACUCGGCGGUCCAAACCGAACCCCAACAGAGAGAAACCGUGAACUCGGCGGUCCAAACAGAACCCCAACAGAGAGGAGGAAGUGUUUUUGGCGAGGAAAGCCCACUCCCCAACGCAGAUUCGGAUCGUGAAACCGUAGUAAACUGUCCUUUGUGCUCGAGUACAAACUCCCGAAAACAACACUCUGCUGAAGUUGAGAACUACGCGUUACACAGCAGUAAUGCAAAAGGCCUCCAGGUAAGAGGGACCAGUAACGUCCUCCAACCUACAGUAACGACGGCCAUCCAGUCAUGUAUCGGCGCAACCCUGGUGACUCAGAAGAGCCAAAAAGAGAGUGUCGGUAGAGAGAAUGUUUCCCCAUGCAGGAACGCUCACUGCAACGUGUUGUCCAUUGGUUCUCAAGAUGGUAUGGUUCCUGUGUUUAGCUCCUCCCAACAAGAGGAGGCGGUUUACAAAGAGAGACGGAUCUCCGUUCUUGACACCCUAAUGAGUGGGGGAGAUGUUACGCCUCAGCUGAAGAUGGCGGAUAAGCUGCCUCAGAAUGACCUCGCCACUGAGGGAGAACAGGUUAAGUCUGUUCCCCAUAGUGGAGUCGAGACCAGAAAUGGUCCAGAGGUGGCUGAUCCUGCAGAUGAUGCUCAGUGUAACUUCAUCUCUAAGCACAGUGAAGUCCUUCUUGAGGUCCUCAAACUGAGUGACGCUGAAGUAGGACGAGAGUCGAGGAACGAUGAUGAGUCUUUGGGACUCUUUGGCUCCGUAUGGCCAUGUCUUCCAUAUGCAGAUGAACUCCUACAAUCCUCAUCCCAUAAUACCAUCGAGUCAAAUCCGCAUGAAGACACGGCACCAAUCAGUCCCUGUAUAAACAAUAGCUCUUACCUGAAGAGACCAUGGAACGCGUCCAUUUGGUCCGUGGAGUCUCUGGCCCCCUUCAUCCCCACUAAGGAAUGGCUCCUGCAGAACAGCGUGUUGGCAGCCGAUGUGAUAGUUGAGGAAGCUGAUAACGACAACCUCAUUGUUAAAUCUAGAAAAAAGAGAUCCUCUUCUGACACCUCGCUGUCGGACAGCUGGCUCCUGUUCAGCACCCCCACCGGGAAGACAAGUCCACGAAAGGAGCCAGAAAUAGAGUGUGACAUGGAAGCAUCUGACAUGGGAAGCCGAGUCCAAGCCCAGAGCGUGGCUCCUUCAGAAAAGGGUCGCUCGGCUUCCCCAAAUGACCUGCAGAGUAAAAUGAUUUUAUCUACCCCCACUGCAGAGGACACAAAUAGGUCUUCUGAACCUGAGGCUAUUCAGAGCCCCAACCAGGACAUUUUAAAUGAGCAGCAGAACAAAAGGACCUGCUCUCAUCUGCAGGAAAAGAGUCCACGCUUGAACCCCACAGAAGAGAAGACCUGUGCAAGAAGGCUGAAUCUACAAAAUGGAGCAGACAUCAACUUGGAAGAUGAGCAUAUGGGAACGAAGAAGAUGGUCGGUUUACAAAAGAGGAGCUGUGCGUCCCAAAGGCUGAUCAGAAGACAGCAGAAGUGUCUCCAUCGAAGGUGGACUUUGGAGUCCAGUGUAAUGAGUUACAGGAGCACAAGUGUGCCUGUGAGGAGGCAAGGUGCAGCACGGGCCAAAACGGGAAACAGCGUUUUACACUUUCAGGAAAGAACAAUGGAAAGUACAGACAACGAGAAGGUCCCAACAUAAAGGGACAAACGCAGAGGAAGCGAGUCUUCAGGAAAUACAGGGGUCAAGGCAGCCAGCAUGAAACCUACAGUGGAUACUAUGCCAGACAUGACGAAUCCCAAGGUGGAAAUGAACGUUAUCCUCCGUACUGAGCACUGAAUCCUUUUCAACGACUCCUGGUUUUAAGUAAUACAUUUUACAUUAAAUAUAUUUAUCAUAACAAAUGUUGCAUCCUAUUUAUCAAUAAAUGUUUUGUAUAUUUUAA